AUGGGGGUGAAUAGUGAAUCUGCCAAUUCCUUAUCAAUUGAGAAUCUGAAAAACCUUCAAGAUGGUGCAAAGGAUAAUUCCGACGAAAGAAGAUACGUUGGUGAGUUUUUCAAUAGCGAAGGAAUUGUCCCUAAAAAGAUUGGAAACGCGUAG